AUGACAACCGCUCAAGUGCCUCCUAACCUUACCCAAGGUCACUUCUGGAUGGGCUCCAAGAAGGGCGCUGCCAAUGGCGGUGCCAACGGGUCUAGCCAAGAUGUGGACACGCCAAAGUUCCUCCCCCCGAACAUGACGCAGGCGUCAUUUGACAAGUUCGCUAAGAAGGUCAUUGAUGUGGUCGGCGAGGACAAUUUUCAAGUAAUCACACCAGAGAUGGAUCUGGACGGCUACGAAGAUGACGACUUUGGCCGCAACUGCCGGACACAUGACUACUACCGCUCAUUUGAUGAUGAGCAGGAGCUGGUUGGAUCUGCACUUUGCCAUCCUCGAACGGUCCAAGAUAUUCAAGCAAUCCUCGCAGCAGCCAACGAGCACAAGAUGCCACUGUGGCCCAUUAGCACUGGCAGGAACCUUGCUUACGGAGGAUCUGCACCCAGAGUCCCUGGCUCACUUGUCAUGGUUUUGAGCACGCACAUGAACCGCAUCCUUCACGUCGAUACCACCGCAUGCGUGUGCAUCGUCGAGCCCGGUGUGACUUUCAUGCAGAUGAGUGAUUAUCUCAAGGAGCACAACCUCAUCGACAGGAUCCGUGUCGACUCAUCUGGACUCGGAUGGGGCUCCAUGAUUGGUAAUGCCCUAGAUCGCGGCGGAGGAGCUUCUUUGUACGGUGAUCGCUGGGGAAAGCACAGCGGUAUGGAAGUCGUUUUGCCUAAUGGCGAAGUCGUCAGAAUGGGCAUGGGUGCUGUUCAGAGUCCAGAGGGUCGCAAGCAGGCCGCCGAAGGUGUUCACCCCGCCGACCAGGCGCUCAAUGAGUGCUUCGCACUAUUCCCGUACGGCUGGGGUCCGAUGAACGAUGGUAUCUUCUCGCAGGGUAACAGUGGCAUUGUUACGAAGAUGGGCUUCUGGUUGAUGCCGGCGCCCCAAGGCAUGACCCCCUUCUCCAUAACCUUCGAGAAGGAAUCAGAUCUCAAGGCACUGGUUGAUUGUAUUCAGCCCCUCGACUUGAACGGCACCUUACAAAGCUCGGUCAGUCUGCGCAAUCUUACUCUUGAAGCUGCACACUACGGCCCCCGUUCCAGCUACACCAAUGCUUCUCACAAGGAGGUCAUCCCGGAGGAGGACUUUGAGAAGAUGGCUAAGAAGCUCAACACUGGUCGCUGGCGCUACAUCGGUGCGGUCUUUGGCUCUGACAAGGUCCGCGAGGCACUCAUUGAGGACAUCAAGCGUGAGAUGACCAAGGUUCCUGGUAGCAAGUGGGCUACCCUUGAUGAGAACCCCGAUGAGCAGAACCUUGUCCGUGUGCGUGCCACAUAUCUGCAGGGCAUCUCAUCGAUGGGUGAGUUUGCCUGGAUGAAGCAGUGGCUACCAAACUGCUCCGUCAUCAUGGUGGCCGCUAUCUCCAGAUUGGAAGGCAGCGCCGUCUGGGACCAAUACUCGCGGGCCAAGGAGUUGUUCGCCAAGGCUGGUAUCGACUACAUCAGCCAUUACGUGGCUUACUUCCGUACUAUGCAUAACGUCUGCAUCAUUCCCUACGAUCGCAAGGACAAGGAUAUGCGAGGUCGCGCCCAGUGGCUGGCUCGUACUUUGUUGAAGGAGUGGAAGGAUAAUGGCUGGAGCGUGUUCCGAACUCACGUCGGACUCAUGGACCAAGUUGCCGAUACAUACGACUUCAACAAAGGUGCGCUGUGGAAGAUGCACGAGGAGAUCCACGAUAACCUCGACCCCAACGGCAUCCUAGCCCCUGGAAGAGGUGGUGUCUGGCCCAAGUCCUACAACAAGGACGAGUGGAUGAUGGGCAAGAAGUACAUCGGUUAG